AUGGCAGACUCAAAGCCUCCAACCACCUCGGAGCCGCUUCCGGCUUCCGGCGGUGGUCCCAAACUUCCUCCCAAGGUGCCCGUUCGUAACCCAGCCUUGCGCAUGCUCGGCAUUCCCGUCUUGCCUCGCAAACUCCCUUCCCGAAACUGGAUGAUAUUCUGGACUGUAUCGACCGCCAUCUCCGCUGCGAUCAUCUACGACAAACGCGAGACGAAGCGCGCGACGGCAAGAUGGGCACAUGCCGUCGAGCACCUGGGCAAGGAGCCCAUAACCAACCCCUGCGCGAUGCCGCGGAAGCUGACCAUCUUCCUGUCAAGUCCGCCCGGCGACGGCUUGCGCAUAGCCCAGGACCACUUCACUGAGUAUGUCAAGCCGGUUCUGGCUGCGAGCGGGCUGGACUGGGAGUUUGUCCAGGGGCGUAGGGAAGGAGACGUGCGGGCUGUGGUAGCCGAGCGGCUUCGAAAGGUUCGCAGGGGUUGGGAGCAUGACCUAAAUGGCGCCUCAGAGGAGGGUGCUCGCCCGGCGGAUGAUGUCGUUGAGGUCAUUCGCAGAAAGAACGACACUCCACAAUACGAGGGCGUCCGUGGCGAUAUUGUCAUCGGCCGGCAUACGUGGAAGGAAUACGUCCGCGGCACACACGAGGGCUGGCUAGGACCUCUCACCCCCCCGCCCGAGCCGGAGACGCCUCCUGCCACUCCUGCCUCAGACGCCGCAAAUUCUUCUCCCACCGAGGAGAAUAAGCCCGAAGUCGAAGAGGAGGAGGCACCCAAGCCGAAAAUCCCCCCGCAACCGAAGCCCUAUAACACGCCCGACGACUAUCCCGCCUCGGCCCUCCCGCUCCUCAUCCCCGCCGAGCUCACCCCCUCGGCCCUGAUCCGGCAGCCCCACAUCCUCGGCUUCCUCAACACGCCGACCCGCAUGCGCCGCUACUUCAACCGCCGCGCCCUGGCCGACGAUGUCGGCCGCGAGGUCGCCGCCGCCUGCCUGGCCGCCUACCGCGACUUCCGCGAGCUCCCCGACGCCGCCGCCGACGGCGCGCAGUGGGAGCAGCAGCAGGCCCUCGACUGGGAGGAGCGGGACUGGAUCAAGUCCGUGUGGAAGGAGGAGGAGGGCGAGCAGGCCGACGCGAAGGAGCCCGCGCCGGAGAAGAUCUGGACGCGGCCCGUCGUCAUGGACUCUCGCAUCGGCAUGCGCAUGCGGCGGUUCGAGUUGCGGCCCGAGGAGGAGGUUCGCGUGAGAGCGAUCGUGGUGCCCGAGGAGGAGGUGGAGGGAUGGAUCAAGGGCAAUCUGAGAGAGCUGUAUCGCUGGGGGGCGAAGAAGCUCGCCAGAGACCAGAGGAAGAUCCUGGUAGAUGAAGAUGCGGACUAA